AUGAAAACCAGCUCUUUACUUCUGCUUCUGCUUCUGGGCCUGUUGGCCACCAUUGUUACUGCAGAUUUGUCAAGCCAGAAACCUAUUGUGGGAAGCUCGAAAAACACUGGUGAGGGAACUCUCUGGACACUAUGUGGGGAUCCGUCAACACACCUGUUGAAAGCAUACGACGGAGGGGUUUCUAUUACGCCUCUGCAGCCGAAAGUUGGGGAGGACCUCAACAUAAAAGUAAACGGGUUGCUGGCUUCGGACGUUCCUUCAGGGAAAAUUAAAUUGAGUUUGAAGUUAAUGAAUUUCAUAAAGCUGACCAAGAGUCUUGACUUGUGUGAGACUCUUGAUAGUGAUCAUAUCCGUGGUACUUCAUGUCCGUUCAAUAAGGGAGAUUUUGCUUUGGAUGUUACUGCUUCUAUUCCGAAUGACGUUCCCAAAGUGCCAGUUAAUGGUGAUAUUGUCAUUGCGGAUUCUGAAGGCCGAACAGUUACUUGCAUCCGUAUAAAGCUGAGACUAUUAUAA